AUGGAAAAACCUACCAAGAGAAAAUGGCGUAGCGAUGCUCCCAGGUGGAGAGGAGCUGCGGGUGGCUUAAACCUCGAAGGAUAUUGUAACAAUUCUUCCUGUGACGCUGACGGAAAACUGGUUAUCCACCGAUGGGGUUUCAAAAACUCGGGCAUCUUUAACUAUCAUGACAAUGAAGACGAGUGUUAUUGUCCCCUUUGUGGGAAUUACAUUAGACCUAUCACGUGUGGCUUUACCAAUUGUGAAUGGAAAGUAACUGGUUCCAAGAAGAAUUCCUACGGAGAGAAAAGUCAAAGAAUUGACACUGGUUGGCAAGUUGCCCUUAGUAACGGGUAUACUACUUUUGACGAUAGUCUUACCCAACUCGCUAUAUGGGAUAAUCUCCAAAUCGAAGUUAAAAGUCUUAGUGGUGAUAGAGCUUCGAUGCAGGCUGCCUUAUACUAA